GUUGGGCGAUUAAUCGCCAUGAAACCUCAGGUUAAACAUUGCGUUUAAGUGUAAUGAUGAAACACGUAUUGCGGUGUUGUUAUUGAUGAUGGUAUAGCCGAGUACAGGAGUUGGAAUUACAUCUCAGCGAUGACCGAGGAAGGAAAGGACGUGCGUGACCUGCCAUUACCGGAGAUACCAAGAUGUCUUCAGAUCCGCACUGUUACAAAGAGCCUUAUAUCAUAUGCAGAUUCCCUAAAGUAUUCUACGUAUCGUCUGGCAGCUCACGCAUGCAUAUGGGCUCCAACUGAGAGUGUCAGUUUGUUUGGUGAUCUUAGAGCUUUAGUAAUGAUGCAUCUUCGAUUUGAUGGUACAUUUGGUUUUCCUGGUGGCCUUAUAGAAUCUGAAGAAGAUAUUGUUAAUGGACUAAACAGAGAAAUGGCAGAAGAAAUUGGAUGGGACACAGAGGUACAAUCUGUGACCUGGAAAGAUUAUCAUAGCAGCCAGGUGGAUCAUGAUAAAAAUUUGGUCCUGCAUUUCUUUAUUACUAAGAUACCUGAAAGUCAGUAUGCUGACUUGGAAAAGAAGUGUCUUUUAGCCCCUGAAUAUGGAAAUGAGGUAUUCGGGACUGUAAGAGUUCCCCUUUACACAAUGGCGAACUUGUAUAGUGGGUUACCAGCAUUUCUGAACAACAAAUUUGUUGGUACUGCAAAACAACAGUUGCUUCUAACAUUAUUCCAUAUGAAAAUAAUGACAGAAGAGGAAAUUGGAGAUGCGAUGUACAAAAGUCAAAAUCUUAAACUAGCUCCAAAUAGAUUUUAAGAUUUUGAUGAACCUACAUUAUAGGUUGCUCUUUUUUGUCACAAGGCAAAGAGUUGCAUUUUAAGGAAUUCUCAGUUAUGAUUCUUCAAAAUAACAAAUCUAUCAUUAAUUAGUGUCUGGUUCAGUAUUAAAUGCGUAUUGAAAACUUGUGCACACUUAUGUAUAUAGGUUAAGGUUGCUGAACAAUGUAAGGUUACAAUUAAUGAAGAAAAGUACAUCAAAAUGCAAUUCUUUCAGGUAAAUACAUUUUCAAGAUGAUUAUUGCUAUAAA